AUGGCAUCCGACAAAAUCGUGGUCGCCUUUGACUUGUAUGGCACAUUACUGUCCACUGAAUCCAUUGCUGAAGAGCUUGCAAAGCUGUUUGGCCAAGAAAAGGCAGCGUCUAUUGCGGGAACAUGGAGAAAGUACCAGCUCGAGUAUACAUGGAGACUCAACUCGAUGGGCCCAGAGCAUUACCAACCAUUCAGCCAAGUCACGCGUAGCUCGCUAAAGCACGCACUCCUAGAACACGAUGUGGACGUGACGGUGCAAAAAGAGGACAGGCUCAUGAGAGCGUACGACUCGCUGCACCACUUUGCCGAGGUCCCUGCAGCACUUCGCCUGCUCGCGGACAAGAGUGAUCUUGUCGAUGCCUACAUCUUCUCCAACGGCACCGACGAAAUGGUCGGCAACUCGGUCAAGUCAUCGCCAGAUCUUGGUCCUCACGCGCACCUGUUCAAGUCUCUCAUUACGGUGGACUCGCUAAGGGUUUACAAGCCCGCAAAGAAGGUAUACGAGCACCUUUUGAGCGAAGCCGGCAAGCAGGGUCGUCCCAGCGACGUGUGGCUCGUCAGCGCGAACCCGUUUGAUGUAGUUGGCGGCAAGCUGGCGGGCCUAAGAACCGCCUGGGUCGACAGGACAGGCAGGGGAUGGCUGGAUAGACUAGAUCAGACAAAUGCCCCAACCCUUAUAACGAGGGGAGUCGAAGAUGCUGUGCAAGGCAUUCUAGACUGGAGCCCAGACAGUGAAAAGGGUGUUUCAUAG